AUACACAAAAUGUCGGACAGUGCAGUUGAUGAAUUAAGGGUUUUAGAACUUUUCUCUGGUAUUGGAGGAAUGCAUAGAGCCUGUGAAUUAGUUGAGAGUGUUGAGUGUGGAACAAAACUAAAUGUUGUUGCUGCAGUUGACAUUAAUACUUCAGCCAACGCUAUCUACAGACACAAUCAUCCGGAUACAACGCACUGGCAAAGGGAUAUCAAGGGACUGACUGCGAAGGAUAUCAAAAAAAUCAGACCUGAUAUACUGUUAAUGUCUCCUCCCUGUCAACCCCACACAAGGCAAGGGAAGCGCAGGGAUAUACAGGAUCCGCGGAGCGACGGCUUGAAACAUCUUCUUCAGUUAAUUCCUGAAGUUCCAAGCUUAAAGUAUGUUCUGCUUGAAAAUGUUCAAGGAUUUGAGAGUAGUGAGUCUAGGGAUCUGGUUCUAGCAACCCUCUCUGGUGAAGGGUUUUACUGGAAGGAGUUCCUCAUUAAUCCAAACCAACUUAAUAUUCCUAACUCCAGGCUUAGAUACUAUCUGGUAGCAAGGAAAGGAUGCGUCUCAUGGGGAUCAGACCCGCAUUUGCCAACUGAACAAGACUGCGUCCUGAACGUGCAAUCGGACAACGAAACAAGUGAUAGUAAAGUUAAUAAGAAUUUGACGGAACUAGAAAGUAACAUGACAGUUUGCGAAAGUAACGUAACAAUCGAUGAAUGCAAUGUAAAAAACAAUUCUGCUGGUAACGCGACAAACAAGGAAUGUAACGUGACUAGCCAAGACGGUAACGUGAUAAUCAAUGAACACAAUGUAGCAAGAUUACACACUGAUUUCUCCAGUUUGAAGAUAUCUGUUGAAAAGCUGGGAUUGAAUCAAGCUUCUGGAUCUUUGGACAGCUUUCUGCAGGCACAGGAUGAAGAUGUUAAUGAGUAUCUUCUAGAUGACAAGAUCUUGCCAAAGUAUGGUAAAGUUCUAGAUAUUGUGGACAGGAGCAGUCACAGAACUUGUUGUUUCACUAAAGCUUACGGUCAUUACUUUGAAGGAACGGGAAGUGUAUUGCAGCAAGGUGGAGACCGGAGCGCGGCCUAUGCGCAAGCAGAAAGUGUUGCUGAUUCCCCAGAAGAAGUUUCACGCAUUUUAUCAGAGUUGAAAUUGCGUUUUUUCACGCCUACGGAAAUUUCGCAAUUGAUGGGGUUUCCUAAAACAUUUUCUUUUCCUGAUGAAACAACUCGAAAACAGAAAUAUAAAACUCUUGGUAACAGUUUGAAUGUUCACGUGGUGGCCAUAUUGUUGCAUUUUUUAAUAUAUUGUUGAAUAAAUUUUAUUUAUUUUAA